AACUAAAUAUCGUCGUCCGUGAUCGUUAUUGAAAAAUAGAAUUUUAACACAUUAAAAAUAGUUAUUACAUAAAAAACGACUUUGAAUUAAUCAAGCUCCAAUCGAUACAUAUAAAAACCAUUUCUUUUUAUUAUUUCAAAAGCAAUCAUUUAUGUCAAGUUGUCUCACAUCUCUAGAUUGAAUUGAUAAAACAAUAUACACAAAGUAUCCACUAACACACAAAGUGAAGUUUUAAAGGCAGAAAAAUAAUUAACAGGCAUACAUUUUCACAUUAAAAUGGUUAUUGGAAACGAAGAAAAUUCACCAUCGCCUGCUUCACCACCAAUGGACCAGGAAGAUUCGCCACCACUACCACCUCCACCAAGUGAGGCACUAGGUGAAUUGCUGGAACAGAUGGAGGAUUAUAUACCCACAGUACCAGAUGGCCUGACGGCACAUUUUCUUAAUCAAGCUGGUUUCGAGACUAUGGACCCUCGUAUAGUACGCAUAAUUUCGGUUUCUGCUCAAAAAUUUAUAUCUGAUAUUGCCAACGACGCAUUGCAGCAUUGCAAGACCCGCACAAGCAGCCAACAUUCUGGCGGUCACGGUUCAAAUAAGGACAAAAAACCGAAUAAAGAUCGUCGCUACACUUUGGCUAUUGAAGAUUUGACACCAGCCUUAGCUGAUCAUGGCAUAACUAUGCGAAAACCGCAGUACUUUGUUUAAAUUGAUAUACCCAUCUGAAAUAUUUUCUAUUAAUCACUUCAACGAUAAUUAAAUUAAUAAAUUUUAUCUUAUUUCAAUAAAUACGAUUGUAAAUAUA